AUGGCCUCAAGCUUUGCAUCCAAGCGACUGGCUAAAGAGCUUUCCAAGCUCAAUACCGGUCUACCGCCUGGCAUCGACCUCAUAUCCGCCGACAACUUCGAGGAGUGGCACAUGGAUAUUAGGGUCCUCGACGACAAUCCACUGUAUCUCAACGAGGUCUACAGACUCAAGUUUAAAUUCUCCCAACAGUAUCCUAUUGAACCUCCGGAGGUCACGUUCGUGAAAACAACCGAGCGACCGAUCCCAAUGCAUCCCCACAUAUAUUCCAACGGCAUUAUCUGCCUGGACCUUCUCGGAAACCAGGGCUGGAGUCCCGUACAAAACGUAGAGAGUGUCUGCAUGAGCAUACAAAGCAUGUUGACCGGAAACGAGAAGAAUGAGCGACCCGCUGGUGAUGACGAGUUCGUGCGGAGCAACCGCCUCCGACCAAGAGACAUUGACUUCUACUACCAUGACAACACCGUUUGA